UUACAAAAAUACUAAAUUAAAUGUUUUCAAGUCUAUUUCUAUUGAUAAGGUUUCAAAAAAUUAUUUAUGUACAAAUGUAUGUACAGAUAAGUUGCGGCCAUGUGGAAGUUUCACAUUAUCUCAAUUAAAACAAACAGAUUGCUGGUCUUUCAUCUCUACAGCCGGAGAAAGAGACUCAAAAUUAUUGAUACUCUAUUUGCAACAGACCAUCAGCCUCUGCUCUAGCGUAGCGUUUAAUCUAAAUAAAGAAACAUUCUUCCGCCUUAGAAAAUAAAUUUCGGUGCCUUAAAAAAAUAACUCAUAAUAAUACUCACGCCUGCACUCCAUUUAGUCAGUGGAAUAGUGUAAGAGGUGCCGUUCGUGAAAUAUUCGGUUUUAGCAUAGAAAUUAAAUCCUUGUUUUUAUCAUAAAUUCCUGCACUAAAGUUUAAAAUCAAAAUGGAUCCAAUGCAAGUUGAAGUUAAGGACAUUGAAAACCUAUUUGCCUUGGACGGAUAUUUGAAGCCAUUCGAAAGGGAAAUUCGCAGAAGACAUGGCAUCUUAAAAGAUUGGUUGAAUAAAAUUGAUAACCUCGAGGGUGGCAUGAAUACGUUUUCACAGGCUUACAAGUUUUAUGGACUACAUUUUCAACCUGAUAAUUCCGUGAUUGCCAGAGAAUGGGCUCCAGGGGCUAAAGACGUAUAUUUAACAGGCGACUUUAAUAAUUGGCAAUGGGAAGCUACGCCUUAUAAGAAAUUGGAUUUCGGAAAAUGGGAGUUACACAUUCCGGCCAAUUCAGAUGGGUCAGCACCUAUAAAACAUCUAUCCGAAAUCAAAGUCAUUAUUCGUGAUCAAAGCGGCAAACUUCUGAGCAGACUUUCACCAUGGGCGGUUUAUGUUAGGCAGCCACCCAAAGAGGCAAAUCAGGGGGUGAAUUACAAGCAAUACGUUUGGAAUCCACCUGAAAAUGAAAUUCAUAAAUUUGUCCAUCCUCGCCCUCAACGUCCUAAGUCACUUCGAAUCUAUGAAUGUCAUGUUGGGAUAGCAUCUCAAGAACCAAAAGUAGGAACAUAUAAAAACUUUGCCGAGAAUAUCAUUCCAAGAAUCAAGAACCAGGGAUAUAAUGCCAUUCAAUUAAUGGCUAUCAUGGAGCAUGCGUAUUAUGCAAGCUUUGGCUAUCAGGUAACAAGCAUGUAUGCUGCUUCUAGUCGCUAUGGCACUCCGAAUGAGUUAAAACAAAUGAUUGAUGUAGCUCACGCCAACGGACUUUAUGUAUUGUUGGACGUUGUUCAUUCACACGCAAGUAAAAAUGUCGAAGAUGGCAUGAAUCAGUUCGAUGGAACAAACAGUUGUUUCUUUCAUGAUGGAAAGAGGGGGGAGCAUGCACUGUGGGACAGUCGCCUAUUCAAUUAUAACGAAUAUGAAGUUUUAAGGUUUUUACUUUCAAAUCUAAGAUGGUGGCAUGAUGAGUACAAUUUCGAUGGAUACAGGUUCGAUGGUGUCACGUCAAUGUUAUACCACUCAAGAGGUAUAGGGGCAGGUUUCAGCGGUGAUUACAGUGAAUAUUUUGGCCUGGGAGUAGAUACCGAAGCGUUACUAUACUUGGCUCUAGCAAACCAUAUGGUACACGAACAAAACAAGGAAGCAAUUACUAUUGCUGAGGACGUAUCAGGCAUGCCCGCUCUUUGUCGACCAGUCUCUGAAGGAGGUGUUGGAUUCGAUUACCGUCUUGGCAUGGCUAUUCCCGAUAAAUGGAUAGAGUACCUUAAGACCAAGACUGAUGAUGAAUGGGAAAUGGGGAACAUCGUUCAUACCCUAAGUAAUCGACGUUGGAAAGAAAGUACUGUAGCAUACGCAGAGUCCCACGACCAAGCACUCGUGGGUGAUAAAACAAUCGCUUUUUGGCUUAUGGACAAAGAAAUGUAUACCCAUAUGUCUGUUAUGAGUGAGCCAUCAAUAAUAAUUGAUCGUGGAAUUGCACUUCACAAAAUGAUUCGUUUGAUAACGCACUCCUUGGGUGGUGAAGCAUACUUAAAUUUCAUGGGCAAUGAGUUUGGUCAUCCAGAAUGGUUAGAUUUUCCUCGGGUUGGUAAUAAUGAUUCGUAUCAUUAUGCCCGUAGACAAUGGAAUCUAGUCGAUGAUAAGCUAUUAAAAUACAAAUACUUAAAUGAAUUUGAUCGUGCUAUGAAUUUAGCAGAAGAUAAAUAUGGUUGGUUGCAAGCAGAUCCUGGCUACGUAAGUUGGAAACACGAAGGUGAUAAGAUCAUAGCGUUUGAAAGAGGUGGAUUGGUAUUCGUUUUUAAUUUCCAUCCAACGAGAAGUUUUACUGACUAUCGCAUUGGUACAAAUUGGGCUGGUUCUUACAAAGCUAUACUCAGUACGGACGAUGAAUUGUUUGGUGGGCAAAAUAGAAUCGACAAAAAUUGUGAGCACUUAUCAAACCCCGAUGGACAUGCUGGUCGAUCAAACUUUAUCCAGGUUUAUGCGCCUUCUAGAACAGCUGUUGUAUAUGCAAAAAUUAAUUAAUUUAGUUCCUGUUAAAGCUAAAAGUAUAUUUUUAUACAUUUUAUAGUUUACUUUGUUAAACAAGUUUUCCUACAUGUUUUGAAAAAAUAAAUAAAUAUUAUUGUUUUUUUAUUAUAACAUAA